AUGCUGCUUACCAAAAGGUUUUCAAAGCUGUUCAAGCUGACGUUCAUAGUUUUGAUAUUGUGCGGGCUGUUCGUCAUUACAAACAAAUACAUGGAUGAGAACACGUCGGUCAAGGAGUACAAGGAGUACUUAGACAGAUAUGUCCAGAGUUACUCCAAUAAGUAUUCAUCUUCCUCAGACGCCGCCAGCGCUGACGAUUCAACCCCAUUGAGGGACAAUGAUGAGGCAGGCAAUGAAAAGUUGAAAAGCUUCUACAACAACGUUUUCAACUUUCUAAUGGUUGAUUCGCCCAAGGGGAGUACUGCAAAGCAGUAUAACGAGGCAUGCUUAUUAAAGGGUGACAUUGGAGACCGUCCCGACCACUACAAAGAUCUUUACAAGUUGUCUGCUAAGGAGCUGUCCAAGUGUUUGGAACUAUCUCCGGAUGAAGUAGCAAGUCUGACCAAAAGCCAUAAGGACUACGUAGAGCAUAUAGCGACUCUCGUCUCGCCAAAGGGUACGUACAAAGGGUCCGGUAUAGCCACAGUGGGUGGCGGGAAGUUCUCCCUUAUGGCAUUUUUGAUCAUUAAGACUUUAAGGAAUAUGGGGACCACGUUACCUGUGGAAGUCCUGAUCCCUCCUGGUGAUGAAGGUGAAACUGAGUUUUGUAACAAGAUUCUGCCUAAGUAUAACUCCAAGUGUAUUUACGUUUCAGAUAUUCUACCACGAGAGACGAUUGAAAAAUUUGUUUUCAAAGGAUACCAGUUUAAAUCAUUGGCCCUUAUCGCUUCUAGUUUUGAAAACCUGCUCUUACUGGAUGCUGACAACUUCCCCAUCAAACCCCUAGACAACAUAUUCAAUGAAGAACCAUAUGUGUCUACGGGCUUGGUCAUGUGGCCCGAUUUCUGGAGGCGUACAACUCACCCAUUGUAUUACGACAUUGCAGGUAUUGCUGUGGACAAGAAAAAGAGAGUUCGCAAUUCUCGAGACGAUAUCACCCCACCUGCUGUUUACACAAAGGAUUUGAAGGAUUUGAGUGACGUCCCGCUAAGUGACCUAGACGGAACAAUACCCGACGUGUCUACGGAAUCCGGCCAACUGAUGAUAAACAAAACGAAGCAUUUGGCUACGGCUCUUCUAUCUUUAUUCUACAACGUCAAUGGACCAACGUGGUACUACCCAAUAUUUUCUCAAAAAGCUGCUGGUGAAGGUGAUAAGGAAACUUUCAUUGCCGCUGCAAACUUUUAUGGUCUAUCAUUUUACCAAGUUAGAACAAGGACAGGCGUUGAAGGCUACCAUGAUGAAGACGGGUUUCAUGGUGUAGCAAUGUUACAACACGACUUUGUGCAGGAUUAUGGCCGUUACUUAAAUGCUAUGGAGAGCAUUGGCAACAAAUACGGUGGCACUAAAUCAGCUGAUGCAAUCAAGUUUGACAAAAACUAUUCCCUCGAAAAAUACACCGAAGAAUUUUUCGACAACGAGGACUUAAAUGCCAAGAAUCAUGUAGAUGUUAUGUUCAUCCAUUCAAACUUCCCAAAGUUUGACCCAUACGAUUUAUCUAAAAGCAAUUUUUUGACUACGAAUGGUAAACCUGCUCGUUCAUAUACGGCCUUAAAAAAGGUAAAAAAUUACGAUAUUGAACUAGAGAAUUUCAAGGUUUUAAACGAAUAUGUUUGUGUUAAUAAGAAUCCUUUCAAAUAUCUCGAUGACCUUUUAGGGCAGGAUAAAACGGAAUGGAAAAGAGUGUGUGGUUACAUCACCGAUAGAUUAGCAUUUUUAGAAUCUACUCAUGAUAAGGCGAUUGCCGGUAAAUAA